GGUGCUGCAGGAGACAGCGCUACAGAUGUUGCUUUCCGAUGACAUCAGAGACACGGUCGUCAUCCCCGUGUCGGUUACGGGAGCGUUGCGUAAGGGCAAGUCGUCCCUGCUGAACGCGCUGCUGCGCUACCUGCGUGCCGGCGCCGGCGACGGCGCCUGGCUGGACGCCGGUGACGCAUCGCUGCGGGGCUUCCCGUGCGGCGGCGGCCGACACCCGGUGACGCGCGGAGUUGACCUGUGGUCGCGGCCGCUGCCGGUCACACUCGCCUCGGGCCAGCCGGCGGUCCUCCUGCUGCUCGACGCGCAAGGCGCGUUCGGCGCAGCGUCGACACAGCGCGAGAGCGUGAUGGUACGCGCGCUGGUCGGCCUGCUGAGCGCCGUGCAGGUGGUGCACGUGUCGCGCCAGCUGCAGGCGGACGAUCUGGCGCAGCUGCGACUCUGCGCCGAGUACGGCCGGCUGAUGCGGCUCGUCAUGCUCGUGCGCGACUGGGCGUUCCCGGACGACGCGCCGUACGGCCCCGACGGCGGACGCCAGGUGCUCGAGCACUGGCUGCAGGACGACUGUGGCGACGGACCGGGUCUGGCUGCAGCCGUCCAAGGGCUGGAGUGUUUCCUGCUGCCGCACCCGGGCUCGGCGACGGCCGGCGCCGCCCGGCUGGAGCCCGAGUUUCGUUGCCAGCUGCGCCGGCUGACGUCCGAACGGCUGGUCGUCGCCCUCGACGAGCAGCUGCAGCGCUCUCGACAACUGAACCAGCAGCAGCGGGCCUUAUCGCGAGCACUGGCCGGCCCCUCGCCGGAGCUGUCCGGCUGGCUGUCGGAGCAGCUGGGGCGACGGCUGGAGGAAGCACGACAGCAGCAAGAGCUGCAGCGGGCGCAGGAGGCAGCACAGCACGGCACAGCGCGCCGUCUGGAGAGGAUCGCUGGCGGGUGCUGGGAGCAGGUGGGCGUCGGUGCGCUGGCCGGCCUGCCGUGA